AUGGACCCCGAGCAGCUUCCUGUUGCAGAGAAACGGCUUCUCAACGCCCCAGUCGAGACGCUAUCAUGGAGCGGUUUGACAGUCAAGGUCAAGGAUGGCAAGACCGGACAGCCCAAGACGCUAGUCGACAAUGUCGAGGGCAUCAUGCAAGCUGGUGAAUGCUGCGCUGUCAUGGGCCCAUCAGGGUGCGGCAAGACCACGUUCCUAAACGUACUUGCACAACGGCCGAUCAAGGCAGCCCACGUCAGUGGACAGAUCUUCGUCAAUGGGGCCGAGGUGCCGAGCAACGUCUUCCGCCACGUCACGUCAUUCGCCCAAGAUCACGACAUCUUCAUCAGCGCCCUGAACGUGAGAGAGACGCUGCACUUUGCCUCUCGGCUCGCGGGCAUCCCUCGCGGGGAUGAGGCCGAGACUCGCGUCGACACGCUGCUCGAAGCCUUCGGGCUUGUCGGCUUGAGGACACGGCGCGUCGGGGGCGGCAUAUCCCACGGCCAGAAGCGCCGGCUGACGGUGGCCAAGCAACUGGUCACCGGCCCCGGUAUCCUGUUUCUUGACGAGCCGACGAGCGGUCUUGAUUCGGUAGCCAGCUGCCACGUCGUCAGCCACCUGCGACAGCUUGCCAAGAGAACCGGCCUCAUCGUCGUGUGCUCCAUCCACCAGCCAUCGACAUCGACCUUUAGCCUCUUUGACAAGUUGCUUCUUCUGUCGGCGGGCAAGACACACUAUUUCGGCCCCAUCAACCGGGUGGUGGACUACUACGCGAGCAUUGGCGUGACGAUCCCCGAGCGGGCAAACCCGGCGGACUUUCUGCUCGAGCUGGUCAAUACCGACUUUGCCCAGAAUGAAGCCGCUGUCCCGGAGCGCGAGCGUGUGGCCGAACUGGCGUCGCUCUGGGGAAUAUCCGCCCUGCGUCAGCAGAACGCUGGAGUCAUUGCGUCUGCCAGGGUCACCCCGGAAUUGGCUUGGGACGCCGGAUCCAAGCCGUCUUCUCCGGGCCGACUGGCGGUGCUCACUCACAGAACGUUCAUCAAAUCGUAUCGGGAUGGUUUGGCCUACACCUUGCGACUUGCCAUGUACACGGCGUUGGGGCUCCUAGCAGGGACCAUCUGGCUGCAGAUGGAUCGCGACCAGAACUCGAUCCAGCUCCUGAUUAACGCCCUCUUAGUCUCCUGUGCGUUCAUGUCUUUUAUGGCCGUGACGUAUGUCCCGGCCUUCAUCGAGGACUAUCGUCAGUUCCGUCUGGACCGCUGCAACGGCCUGUAUGGUGCCGGCUCCUUUUUGCUGUCCAAUUUCGUCGUGGGCAUGCCGUACCAGUUUCUUUUCUCCUCCGCAUUUUCCGUCUUGUUCUACUGGCUGGGGGGUUGCCGCGCAUCCGCCGGUGCUUUCUUCACUUGGAUAUCGUGGCUGUUUUUGAACCUGAUCGCGGCCGAAGGUGUGGUCAUUCUCUCGGUUGCCAUCAUCCCCAACUUCGUCGGCGCACUGGUGAUCACGUCUUUGUUGAACGUUAUCGCCUUCGCGACUGCAGGUACCUUGGUACCACCUUCGCAGCUGAAUGUGUUUUACAAAUACGGGUUCUACUAUUGGAACUCGCAGGGAUACGUCUUUCGGGGCAUGAUGGCCACGCAGUUUGAUGGGGCGACGUACAGCUGCGGUGCGGGAUGCCACUGUAGAUACCCAUCACUUCCAGACCAAUGUCACAUUUCUGGGGAAACGAUUUUGGAUCAGUACGGGAUCAAGAUGGCGGACCAGGGGCAAAACGUUGGCAUCGUGGUGGCAAUUAUAUUGGGUUAUAGGGUAGCUGCUUGGGCCUUGCUUCGCAUGCGGGAUUGAAUGGGGUAGCGUCUACGGUAG